AAGCAGCGCGUUGUAGCGAAACGAAACGACUGAAGAGAGUGGAGGAGAGGAGGAAGCAGGAUGAUGGGAGCGAAUAUUAUUCCAUUUCAGUGACCCACAUCUGACAGUAGAGCGUGGUAUUAUCUAGCCUUCUCCUUGUCCUUGAGGAUUUCUCUCCGCCAGGAUGUCGGCGUCGGCGAUUUUCAUCCUGGACCUGAAGGGAAAGGUUCUGAUUUGCCGUAACUACAUGGGGAAUGUGGACAUGAAUGAGAUCGACCACUUCUUUCCUAUGCUGAUGAAGAGAGAAGAGGAGGCCGAGAUGACGCCGCUGGUCUGCCACGGCGCCGCACACUUCAUGUGGAUCAAACACAGCAACCUCUACUUGGUGGCGAUGACUAAGAAGAAUGCCAAUGCUGCUCUUGUGUACUCGUUCCUAUAUAAAAUAGUACAGGUAUUUAAGGAGUACUUUAAGGAGCUCGAGGAGGAGAGCAUCCGUGACAACUUUGUGACGGUGUACGAGCUCAUGGACGAAGUCAUGGACUUCGGGUUCCCUCAGACGACCGACAGCAAGAUCCUACAAGAGUACAUCACCCAGCAGGGCCAUAAAUUAGAGGUCGGGGCCCCUCGACCUCCUGCAACCGUUACCAACGCUGUGUCUUGGCGGUCAGAGGGCAUCAAGUACAGGAAGAAUGAAGUGUUCAUGGAUGUCAUCGAGUCAGUAAAUCUUCUGGUGAGUGCCAGCGGCGGUGUCCUGCGCAGCGAAAUCGUGGGCAGCAUCAAGCUCAAAGUGGUCCUGUCGGGGAUGCCUGAACUUCGACUGGGCCUCAAUGAUAAAGUGCUGUUUGAGAUCACCGGCAGAGAGAAGAGCAAGGCGGUGGAGCUGGAGGACGUGAAGUUUCAUCAGUGUGUCCGUCUGUCACGCUUUGAGAACGACCGCACCAUCUCUUUCAUCCCCCCCGACGGCGAGAGCGAGCUCAUGUCCUACCGCCUCAACACUACAGUGAAGCCACUCAUAUGGAUCGAGAGCGUGAUUGAGAAGUUCUCUCACAGCCGCGUGGAGAUCAAGGUCAAGGCUCGAAGUCAGUUCAAGAGUCGGUCCACUGCCAACAAUGUGUCCAUUCUGGUGCCGGUGCCCAGCGAUGCUGACUCACCCAAGUUCAAGACGAGCACGGGCAGCGCCAAGUGGGUGCCCGAGAAGAACGUGGUGCAGUGGAACAUCAAGUCCUUCCCUGGUGGUAAGGAGUACGUGAUGCGGGCACAUUUUGGGCUACCCAGCGUGGAGAGCGAUGAGCUGGAGGGAAAGAGACCGAUCACGGUUAAUUUCGAGAUCCCCUAUUUCACUGUGUCCGGGAUUCAGGUGCGCUACCUAAAGAUCAUAGAGAAGAGCGGUUACCAGGCACUGCCAUGGGUGCGCUACAUAACCCAAAGUGGAGAUUACCAGCUCCGGACAAACUAAAGGGCACAGAUGCUGCUAGAUGAGCGGAUAUGUUCUCCCUCCUCUGUUUUCUCCGUCUCUCCUCCCUCCAUUUCUCCAUCUCCCCGUUUGCAACGGACAGCAGAGGACAAGUGCAGGUGGUCACGUGAGAAUCCCACCCUCCCACCACCACCACCACCACCACUCUCAAUGGAAACAACAUGUCAAACUUCCUCAAACUCAAACCGUAAAAAGGCGUCACUCUUAUUUUUAAGGAUUCCUCAGGACCCCGGUAACACAUUUUAAUACGUGAAUAAUGAACUGAUAACUCUGAGACACCAUCUGUUUCAGCCAAGAUCUCAUUUCCCCACUUUUAAUGCUCACACAGUUUCUGGACCCAGACCUUAUCUUUAAUUUAGUUUUCUUCAAGAAAUAUUCCAGUAAAGUAUUUAAAACGCGGCCUAUUUUGGUUCCUUCAGCUUGUCCAUUGAGAGUUUUAGUCUUUCUGCUGAGUAACUUGCAAUCCAGUCGAUUUCUGCUGUGCCCGUAGACGGUCAUUUUGUUAAUUUUAUUUAUCAAAAGUCCAUAAAUAGCGCAGUUUUUUUUUAUUUUUAUUUUUUGAAUGAAAGUGUGCCAUCCAUUCUUUUUCCUGCAGAAAAGUUUCCCGUACACAAAACCAAUCGGCAAAUUUGAUGACUCCAGUUUUUUAUCCUUUGUCCGUAUGCAUUUUCAUUCAGCUGUUUCUCCUCAUCCCUCUCAGCAAGAAUAGAAUUUGCCAGAUUUGCAUAUAAUACAUUCGCCGUCUUAAGACAUUGCCUGUGCAUCAUCACCAUUAGCGCUGUGAACAUAAUCCCCAGCGCACUGAGACUAACCCCAGCGACCAGAUCAAUGAUUAAUAAGGCACAAUAUUGUCAGAGGCACUGGCAGUGUAACAUAACGCCGUCGACACGCUCCCAUCGGGCCUGUAACCUUGUCCUUGUGAAAUCAGCUCGCAGCUUCGAGGCCGAGGCGGAAGGAAUGAGCAAGGGGGGAGAAUUUCCUUUUUUCAUGUUUGUGUUUGUCGUUUAUACUGUACUUGUAACUCAGUUGCGGGGGACAACAAAAGAAGAAGUGGACAAGGGGAUAAAGUAACACACAUGGAUUCAUUUGCAGCAUCUUGACAAUACGUGGCAACGGUUUAAUUUGUUUUUAUACUUCUUCGGAGCAGUUCGUGGUGGAAUUCACUCCCUCUGCCGUGCAUGCGUCAGCUCAGCUGUACCGCUAAUAGCACAGAAGAGAGUCUUGAGUCAUGUUACUGCCACAUGUCUGCUGUCGAGAACGAACCCUCUGUUACAUUCAUGUCAUUAUUGGGCUUUUAAUUAAUUUAUCAACUACUGUUUGUCCAUAGGAAACAAAGGGAUAUAUUUGGAAAUAAACAAUUUUUUGUACCUUG